AUGAAUCCUAUACAACCAAUUAAUAUUGGUAAUGUAAAAGUAGUUAAUGAUGGUCAAGUAGCUGUUCUCGGUCAUGGUGGUACUCAAGCUGCUGUUGUCGGUAAUAGUGGUGGUCAAGCUGCUGUUGUCGGUCAUAAUGGUGGUGAAGUUGCUGUUGUCGGUAAUGGUGGUACUCAAGCUGCUGUUCUCGGUCAUGGUGGUGGUCAAGUUGCUGUUGUGAUUCGUCGUGGUCGUGGUCAAGCUCCUGUUGUUGGUCACCGUCGUCGUAUUGUUGGUCAUCGUGGUCGUGUUGUUGGCGCUCGUCGUAUUGCUGGUGGUUAA